GCGAGUGGUAGCGGCGCUUUUCCCGUGCUGUGGCUCACGCUUUGGUACUAGAGGCCGAGGCUAUUCUGGCGACGGCAACCUCUGCGGCGACGGCUGAGGCUCUCGGAGAAGUGGCGGAGUACGGUCUGGAGGAAGGGCUUGUGGUCAGCCCAGGUUCUGUCAUAAUGAAUGGAUCCAGUGUGGCGAAUACAUCACCCAGUGUAAAAUCCAAAGAGGACCAGGGGUUAAAUGGGCACGAUGAGAAGGAAAACCCAUUUGCAGAGUACAUGUGGAUGGAGAAUGAAGAGGAUUUCAACAGACAGGUGGAGGAGGAGCUGCAGGAGCAAGACUUUUUGGACCGCUGCUUCCAGGAGAUGCUGGAUGAAGAAGACCAAGACUGGUUUAUUCCAUCACGAGACCUGCCUCAGGCCAUGGGACAGUUGCAACAGCAGUUAAACGGACUGUCGGUCGGAGAUGGUCAUGAUUCUGAAGAUAUUUUGAGCAAAAGUAAGCUGAACCCGGAUGCCAAGGAAUUUAUUCCAGGAGUGAAGUACUGAGCUGACAGAGAGCUUUGAGGAGGACUUGUGUGUCCCCAUGUCUGGGGACAGCGCUGCACAAAAAGGCGGAGCUGAAGG